AUGAAUUUGCUUAUACUAAUGCAGCUCAUAAAUUUGUUCCAUUAUCUGGCGAUUCUUUCAUUUUAGUGAAAUGGUUGCUAACCCAACAACCACUAUAAAGCCUCUUAAGAAUAGUCAUACCCUGCUUUUAAGUGUUCUUUUUUUAAAGCAUGAAAAAAUGGUUAAGUACACUGGGUUUAUCAUAGCCACAUGCAGUAUAUCUUUAUAAUUUGACUAUCCAUAUAGGCAAACAAAUCUAAAGGAUAGUCUUUUUUGUGGGCCAUUGUGACCGAAAUCUUGUUCAGAAUGGUAAACACUACCAUUCUUUGGGAUUAUUCUCAUUUAUCUUUUAAUACAAGUCAACAAAAGACUGAAAUUGUCCCUGCUCUUAGUGUAUCCAUAAGAAACUGCCUUAUGCCAGAAUGGCUUGUAUGAAAAAAUAAUGAUAGUAAUGAUGAUGAUGAUGAUGCCUAGAGAUGGUUUAGUUUGAAAAUGGCUUUUCUUACAAUGGCAUUCAUUUCUAGGCUGGCAAUAAUGGCUUCAGAAAGAUUGCUGAUUCUGCAGCCACACAACUGGGCUCUGAGAAGAGACUAUGGCAUGAUGAUGUACUAUGCCAGGGAAUAUGGGGAGGCCGUCCAGGAGCUUAGCAUUUGCAUGGCUGUUGCCCCAGAAGAGGAAGCACAAGUUCUGGAACCAUUUGUUGAGAAGCUGCACCUGCUGCAGGUCGAAUCUUCUUGGAAGUCGUUUGGGGCGUGCGUACAGACCGGUUAAUUCUUAACACAACUCCCUUGAACAUACAUGUUCUUAAUUGAUGUUGUAAUCAUUGUUAUUGUUAUUGUUACUGGCUGGCUUUAACCAUGCUUCUGUAAACCUAUUAUUGUACUCCAUGCCAUCAAGCCUUACCUUAACUUGUUUUAAUUAGAGUCUUUCACUAGGGAGAAGAGAAAAAAAAACCUUUGUGUAUAUGUGUAUUUCUCAUCUCCUAUCUUUCCAUUUCUUAUGUUCCAUUUGAAGUGUGGUGCACCUAUGUUUUGGUAAAUUUGAAAUGGUAACCUA